UAUCGAGCCCGUGCGCUUCUGAGGCAGCGGCAGACACUGAGAGCAAAAGGAAACACCGCAGUUUGGAGCUCACCAGUUGCAACGUUACUUUACUACAUAGUGGAAGUUUGACAUUUGACGAUGUUUUCGCUCGGGGAGAAAAUGGAGUUUCUCAUAGGAAACCCGUUUUCAACGCCCGUCGGUCAGAGAAUCGAGCGAGCGACCAGCGGCUCUCUGCAGUCGGAGGACUGGGGGCUCAACAUGGAGAUAUGUGACAUCAUCAAUGAGACGGACGAGGGGCCCAGAGAUUCAGUCAGAGCCAUUAAGAAGAGAAUUGUAGGAAACAAGAACUUCCAAGAGAUCAUGUUGGCCCUUACUGUUCUUGAGGCCUGUGUGAAGAACUGUGGCCAUCGCUUCCACGUUCUGGUGGCGUCGCAGGAGUUCGUCGAAGGAGUUUUGGUCCGUUCCAUUCUGCCCAAAUACAACCCCCCCACUGCCCUCCAUGACAGGGUGCUCAGCCUCAUACAGUCGUGGGCUGAUGCGUUCCGUAGCUCUCCCUCCCUGGCGGGAGUGGUGUACGUAUAUGACGAUCUGAGGAGACGCGGUCUGGAGUUCCCCAUGACAGACCUGGAUGCUCUGUCCCCCAUCCACACUCCGAAUAGGAGUAUCCCAGAAAACGGUACUCCUGAGACAACCCCUGUCGCUGCACCCACACAUCAGGCGCAACCAGAAGCACCAGCCAGUGUCCCCAUUCAGAAUACUUCACCGCCAGUCCAGCCCAGUGAGGGACCAGCCUCUCUCUCUGCAGAACAGGAACAGAAGCUGCGAAGUGAGCUGGCGCUGGUGAAGGGAAAUCUCACUGUGAUGUCAGAAAUGCUGAAUGAGCUAACCCCUGGACAGAGCCAACAAGAUGAUACAGAGCUGCUACAGCAGCUGUACUCGAUGUGUAAGAAAAUGCAGACUCGAGUGGUGGAGCUCAUCCCCCAGCUGCUGGAUGAAGAGUUUAUUGGAGAGCUGCUUGUGGUCAACGAUGACCUCAACAACGCCUUCAUCCGUUAUGAAAGGUUUGACAGACUGAACAAGGCGCAAAUGACAAAUACUCAACAGAGCUCUACCCCAAGCCAGAGCCUCAUCGACCUCAGCCCUGAGCCUUCAACUAUCAGUCAGCCUGCUGUCAUCACGGCAACUAGCCAACCAGCAGUCAGCACCUGCGUCAAUGAGCGGCAUUCACCCAACCACAAAGAGGAAGAAGAGUUUGACAUGUUUGCCCAGACGAGAGGCAACUCCCUGGCUGAUCAGAGGAAAAGUGUCAGGUAUGAGGACCCAGGAGCUGUGGAGGGCCUUGCUGGAGCACUGGAUACGAGGUUGCAGGUCACAGGAGGGAUGGCACCAGCAAAAAACUCUGUGCAGAACGAUAUUGACAAAUGGUUAUCUUGUGAUAUGGAAGAGCAGUCUUCAGUCAGUGAGGGAGUGUCCAGUGAAGAGUUUGAUAAGUUUCUGGAAGAUCGGGCGAAGGUAGCAGACCACAGCAACGCGGCAGUUCGCAGCGUGCCGCCUCCCACAUCCAGACCCCCACCACAGUCUACCCGGCAACAGGACAGAUCACAUGACCAGCUUUUUUCACUUUGAGUUGGAGGACAAACAGGAGAAGUGGGUGGAUGUAAAGGUCAAUAUACACACACCAUCAUGUUGAAAUAUACCUACAAUCUUUCAAAUGCUGUGCCAAGUCAGGUUUUCUCUGGAAGCACCGCCCCCCCACACACACACACACACACACACACACACACACACACGCACACACGCACGCACUACAGAACUGCUGUAUCAUCAACCACAUUGUGUAAAUGCAGUAUUUUAUGGUUCAUUCUGCUGUUUGUUAUUGCUAUGUAAGUAUAAGCAACUUUAUAUGACUGUAUUUAUGACGUGUAUUACUGUAAUGUUGAUGUAAACAAAAACUUAAAUUAGAACAAAUAUUUACAGUUAAGUAUAAUGUUGAAAUAUAUUUGAUAUUACGCCAUAGUGUGCCUUUGACCUACACAGCUGAUUUUGUGUAGAUCAGAAUAAAUGCUGCUUUGUUCUGCAAA